UUUUUGACGGUAGUGCUUUAGCAAAAGUAACAUUCUGAGAUAGAAAAAUCUAAAUAAAAGCAGUACAAUACAAGAAUAAAAAAAAUAUAUUAUAAAAUUGAAUAAUUUCCGAAAUUUCAACUUACCGAUGGGCGCUAGCAACUCAACACCACAAACAGCGCACAUUAUAAAUCCCGUGCGUGCCGCAACCGCCAUACACGUGACGCCGGACGUUAUUGCACGCUUGGAAGGUGCAAAGCAACAAAUCGCCGACUUAGCAAUACCGAAACCAACAAAAAAUGUUGAGGAAAUACAUUGUGCGCGCUGCUGCACUUGCGGCUUUUUCAAGGGCAAAGAUAAGGAAGCCAGUUUGCUAGCAAUGAAAUCGAAUGAAUUGCAAGAGACGCAAUAUAUUAAAACGCUGGAGAAAUUGGAAGCAAUGCUGGGUAAACAAAUACGCUUUGCAGAUAAACAUAGCGAAGGGCUGAAGAAAUUGGAGCACAAAUUAGUCAAAUGUUACGUGGAUAAUCCGCAGAAGCCACUAGUCUGCUCAGAGGCAGCGAAGGAAUAUCAGAAUUUCAUCUUUAAGCAACAAUUCGAUUCAAUUCUGAAUGCAAAGAAUAUAAAAGCAAAAAAAUAAUUUCAUAUACAUAGUUA